AAUAUGGUACUCCCAGUGGCUUCGCAUUGUCUUAAAUCCUCAUCAUCUACUUAUGGAGGAAUCCGGAACAUAAUUCAAAUGAGAAAUAUAUUCUGGACUCGUGUUCCAGAACCUCACAUGAAAUACCACGUGGCAUCCACGAAGGCAAAUGCGUCUACUUCUAAGCCAGUCGUUUUGAUGAUUGGAUGGGCCGGAGCUGCCAAUAAACAUAUGGAAAAGUAUUCGAAGCUUUAUAAUGAUAAAGGGUACGACGUGGCAUUAAUUUGUCCCCCAACGUUCAGUUUUACAGUUCCAAAUAAUUCAAUUGGAAAGAGAAUGCUACCGAUUCUGGAGAAGUACGGGAAUAGUCCAAUUAUGAUUCAUUCUUUUUCAAUCAAUGGAAUUCGAGGAAUCGUCUCACUGGCAAAGGCAACGGGAAAUCCAAAACUUUUUGAUAAUGUUCAAGGAAUCAUUUUUGAUAGCGCUCCAUCCAUUCCAUUUCCACAUCAAAACGGAAAAGCUAUGAUGCUUUCAACGCCUUCUGUAACUUAUAUGAAAGACGAAACUCGACAGAAAAUCUAUGAACUAGUCAAUGCAGUUCGAGAUAAAUUGCUAAGUCCAUUGGUAACGCUUUUACCAUUUCUUCGACCAUACUUCUUUUCCUAUUGGUACAUUCAUGACAAAAUUGAGCUUCCAAAACGACAAGUGUAUUUUUACUCUCACGGGGAUUCAAUGGUACCAUACGAUCUACUGGAAAAAUUUGUAGAAAUUCAAAGAAAAAGGGGAUGCCACGUAGAAAAUCUUAACUUCGGAGAUACAGAGCACGUGGCACAUUUCCGUGCAAAACCGGCAGUGUAUUCAGACAAAUGCGUUGAAUUUAUAAGUAAAUUGUGAUCUCAAAAUAGUUCAGACAAUAAAGUUUUCCUGUUUCUC